CGACUCCCCGGAGUUGCCUCCAGGUGGUGUUGCCCAGCUCUGGUCUAAACAAAGCAUUUGCACAGAGCAGGAGCGGGAAGAGCUCCCAGGGGUCACCCCCGCCUCCCCGCCGGGUUCUCCGGUACCCCCAAGGCGUUUUCGGGAGAAGAGUAUUGUAGAGUGGAAACAGAAGCACAGGAGGAACAUCUAUGCGAAGGAAGAAGCCCAGUGACUGAGGCCUCUGUGCAUCGCCUCUCAGAGCAGUGAGUGUCCGGAGAAGUGACUGGUUCCUGUGGUAGUGCUCGGGCAAGGAGAGAGUAGAGACUGAGGUACGAACAAAACAUGACAGAACCAAACGACUUCUCUAAAAGGGGAAUGUUUGAUCCAGCAGAAAAAUACAAGAUGGACCACAAGAGGAGAGGCAUUGCCCUAAUUUUCAAUCACGAGAGGUUCUUCUGGCACUUGACACUCCCAGACAGGCCGGGCACCAAUGCAGACAGGGACAACCUGUUUCGAAGGUUUUCAGAUCUAGGAUUUGAAGUGAAAUGCUUUAACGAUCUCAAAACAGAAGAAGUCCUACUCAAAAUUCAGGAGGUAUCCAACUCAAGCCACGUGGAUGCCGAUUGCUUCCUGUGUGUCUUCUUAAGCCAUGGUGAAGGCAACCAUAUUUAUGCAUAUGAUGCCAAAAUUGAAAUUCAGACAUUAACUGCUUUCUUCAAAGGAGACAAGUGCCAGAGCCUGGUUGGGAAACCUAAGAUAUUUAUCAUUCAGGCAUGCCGCGGAGACCAGCAUGACGUGCCGGUGGUUCCCGUGGAUUUGGUGGAUCAUCAUCAGGACAAGCUGGACAACGUGACAGAGGUGGACUCAGCCUCAGUGUACACGCUGCCUGCUGGGGCGGACUUCCUCAUGUGUUACUCCGUUGCAGAGGGAUAUUACUCUCACCGAGAAAUUGUGAAUGGCUCAUGGUACAUUCAAGAUUUGUGUGAGAUGUUGGCAAGAUACGGCACCUCCUUGGAGUUCACAGAACUCCUCACUCUGGUGAACAGGAAGGUCUCUCAGCGUCGAGUGGUCUACUGCAGAGACCCAAGUGCAAUUGGCAAGAAGCAAGUUCCCUGCUUUGUGUCAAUGCUCACUAAAAAGCUUCAUUUCUGUCCAAAGUCUAGUAAGUAGGGGCCACUUUUGUUUCAUGUACAUAUAUUUCACAUGUAUUUCCUUUUUAAAUAUGUCAGUAGGUUGAAGCAUUCAGCCUAUCAAUUUAAAUAUUUUAAGGUUUAGCACCCAAAUAAAGAAGUGCUAUUUUGUAUUUGUUUUUAUAAAUCAUGUUGGAUAUGGUGAAAGGGCUUAACGAAAUCCUCAGGAAUUUGCUAUAAAUAUCUACCAGCGUUUAUUAAGAUUUUUUAGUAAACUGUAAGAUUACUCAAAAUACUGGCUGAUUUGACUUAUAUUUUGUGACACUGUUUAUACAAGCUUAUUGUAUAAUGUUUUUAAAGAUUUUUGAAACUCAAGAAUAAGAUUGUUUUCCUUUAAUAAAAUAUUUGAGAUUCAUAUUUUAUUAAAGUUUUCUAAUUCAUAUUCUUGUGUAAUUUAUGGUGGUCCUGUUGUAUUUGGUCGCAUUUGGGUUUACUGUCUCAACUACUUAUGAAUUAAUGUAUCUAACUCCCAUUUUGAAUAAAAAUGAACGUUUAGGAAGUACUUUAUGUGUGCCAGGCAAGGUAGUGCUCACCUUUAAUCCCAGCACUGGGG